AUGGAACCUUUACGAGAUAGGAGGGAGCUAGCCUCCGCCUCUCGCGAUUCUCUUCCAGAUUCUCCUCAAGACUUCCCCAGAAUCAGCGACAUCACCCCCGAGCUUGCAGAGAUGAAUGUCGACCCUCAAAGUUUGCAACGGGGGCCAUCGGAGGAAGGAUGGGGAACAAACUGUGCGCAGGGAGCUGGGAGCGAAGGCGAACUUGACAUGGUGUUGACUCCAACAUCUCUCGUGGUCAGCUGUGAGGUGCAUCGUUCUUCUUACUUUGAAGACAUCAUCAAGAACUUGCAACAUGAGAAGCUCAGCUGGAUGCGACGGGCCACCGUGCUGGCUUCAGAGCUGGAGAGGUACAGGGGGGAGAAUCGACGGCUGGAGAAAGAGAAGAAUGAGCUCAAGAUGAAGCUGGACAAGACGUUGAGGCACGUAAAGGAUUAUGAGUUCAAGUACAAGGAGUACCUGAAGCGGAAGAAGAAAGAGAUGAAGGAUAUGAAGAAAGAAUUGAAGCAAUCACAACAGUUGCAACACGACGCUCAAUCUUUGUUGAGAAUGCAAUUCGAUGAGAACCGACACAUACUAGAGAAAUACCACAACAUGCAGGUAAAUUUGAGAUGCAAGUCAAGAUCGAAGAUUGAUAUGCUGAUAAAGCUGCAAGGAUACAAGGAAGGCUGCAGGAUGGGGAAAUUGGAGCCUGAUUUUCAAUCACUGUUGAAGGAGUUUGAGGACUCGUGCAAACUGCAAAAGACAAUGCAGGAAGCGAUUAUUGUGUCUGACGCUGUGGAUACUUUGGAAAUCACUGAGCGGAAAUUAUCUGAGCAGUUGAAGCUGGUAAGCGUGGUUGAUGAGAAGUUGCGAGCCAUCGAAGGGCAGGGGAUGCGGUUGGGUCUUGUGAUGACGCAAUUGCAACAAGAAAUAGUUAGGAGCGACCUUGAGAAGCGAAUCAAGAGCGAUCGCAUCGAGAUGGAAUAUAAGAAGCAAAUUAAUGGCCUCCUGGCACAAUACUCUAUCAUGAAGGCUGAGAACGAGUUUCUCCAGAUGAAGUUCGCCAAGGCAAAACUGUUCGACGACCAUGUCAAAGCUACAACAAACAAACCAAAACUAACUGAUACGCCCAGCAAUGCAGACAAUCAACCACCCGAACACAAGCAGAAAACAGAGGCCGUGAUGGUGAUAACGGAAAGAAGAGCACUAGCGGCGGAGCUUGCAGAGGCGAGGAGGGAGGCGGAGCGGGCAGGGGCACUAGCGGCGGAGCUUGAGGAGGCGAGGGGGGAGGCGGAGCGGGCAGGGGCACUAGCGGCGGAGCUUGCAGAGGCGAGGAGGGAGGCGGAGCGGGCAGGGGCACUAGCGGCGGAGCUUGAGGAGGCGAGGGGGGAGGCGGAGCGGGCAGGGGCACUAGCGGCGGAGCUUGAGGAGGCGAGGGGGGAGGCGGAGCGGGCAGGGGCACUAGCGGCGGAGCUUGCAGAGGCGAGGAGGGAGAUGGAGUUGGUACAUCAGGAGGUCUCCGACAAGACUUUGACUUCUAUUGGGUCGGUCAGCAUGGUUGAUUCAGAGUUUGUUGGCUUCAUUGUAGGGCACCUUGUCAAGGAACUUUCAGAGUGUUCCGCGCAGCUCUCAUACUCUCUCUUUGCGCUGGAGCAAGGGCUGAUGGACUUGACGGGCAAGCAGACGGCCGGUGUGUCGGUGCUAGAGUUUGAGGAACAGGUUGGAGGAGAAGCUCUACAGAAACGUGUGGACGUGCUGCAGCACGAGCUCGAGAGCGAACGGUCGGCUUUCAGGAAGCAGAUGCAGGACCUUGCGGUCCUGGUCGAGAGCUCAGCCAAGGAAGUCGACCUCAUGUUUGUCAACCUCACGCGCAAAGAACAGGAAGUCGCAGACAUGCAGCUAGAGCUGAGCAGGACGCAGAGGGAGCUGACUCGUGCUGAGGACAUCAUGACGCAAGUCCAGCUCCUGUCCUCCUCCCUCUCGCGUGCUCUGAGUUUGAUCAACAUUGAGAUGUCAAGUUUGAUUCCCCUUGCUGAUGUCGGCCAGGAGCAGGCAGUCUCCGAUCCUCUCCUGCAGAAGCUCAAGUCCAAAGUCAAGCAUCUCGAGUGGGAGCUGGCGCGCAGCGAGAAGGAGAGGUUGACGUCCAUGGCUGAGGUGGACGCUGUGAUGGAGGCGGAGACCCGGGCGAGGGAGGAGGCGAAGCAGCUGCAGCAGAAGAUCGGCGAGCUGGAGGAGCAGGUGAAGCAGCUCACGAUCGAGGAUCACAGUCGAGCACACAAGUCGGAGGAUGCGAGUGCGAAGAAGGUCAAGGCAAGUGUGAGGGAGACGACCCUGUCCAGCUGGAAGCGAGCUCCAGUCUCAGCAGCCUCGUCCUCCAAGGUCUUGCGACCGAUCUCCUCAAACAAGAUGCCGCAGCCGCAUGCUCUGAGCAAACCAACCACAACCACAACCACGAGCACGAGCACGAGCACGAGCAGCGCGAGAGGAAUGAAGGCGUGUGUGGGGGCGGUCGGGAAGGAGGACCUCAUGAAGGUCUGCCGGGCCCUCGCCUCCCUCGUCUCUAGUCGAGUCUCGUCAUCCGAGGGCUCAGGCGGCGAUCUGAUUGACAUGUGUCUACGUACCAUAGAGCGCGCCAAGAGCGACAUGGAGGAGAAGAGCAGGAGCCUCAAGGAAGCUGAAGUGAAGGUCAAGAUGCUGGAGCGAGAAUGGGCCUCUCUCAACAGAAACCAGGGCGUCUUCUCCCCGGUUCAGUGA